AUGACAGCCACGACAGCAAAUACCAAUCGGGCUUUCGACCUGCACCCUUUCUCCACGAAUCCGCUCAAGACGCGUGACGAUGUUGUUGCCGCCGUAGGUUCACUGCUGGAUCCCCUCAUUCCUGGUUUCUCUCCAGACAAUGCUUUGAUCAAGGUAGGCUCCACAGGUACACGCUUUGAUGAGACAGGUGCUCAGGUUGAGGGUUUCGCACGCCCACUAUGGGGUCUCGCACCGCUGCUAGCUGGUGGCGGCAAGUAUCCAGCAACCGACAAGUUUGUUCAAGGCCUCAUUUCUGGCACGGAUCCUGAGAGUCCAGAGUUCUGGGGGUACAUGGAGGAUACAGAUCAGAGGAUGGUGGAGGCGUGCCCGAUUGGAUUCACGCUUGCUGUUGCGAAUAAACAGUUUUGGGAUCCAUUGACGGACAAGCAGAAGAAGAAUGUGGAGACGUGGUUAGGGAGUAUGAACGAUAAGAAGAUGCCGGAUACAAACUGGCUUUGGUUCCGCGUCUUCGCCAAUCUGGGACUCGAGAGGAAUGGGGCGAAGUGGUCAAAAGAGCAGCUAGAGAAGGAUAUCAAGCAGCUGAACACGUACUAUCGUGGUGAUGGCUGGUCCAACGAUGGACCUGACACAUAUCGCCAGAUGGACUACUACUCCGGCUCCUUUGCGAUCCAAUACCUGCAGCUCCUCUACUCUAAACUCGCCGCAGACAUUGACCCGGAGCAAGCCGAAGAGUACAAGAAGCGCGCACACAUGUACGCCCUUGACUUUGUCCAUUACUUCGACCCUGAAGGCCGCGCCAUUACCUUUGGUCGCUCGUUGACGUAUCGAUGGGCCAUGGUAGCCUUUUGGGGCGCCGUCGCCUACGCCGACCUCGAGCUUCCUGAACCUCUUUCCUGGGGCGUAGUUAAGGGAAUUUGGAUGCGCAAUUUACGUUGGUGGACAACGCAACACGACAUCUUCCAGUCCAACGGCAUGCUCACAGUGGGCUACUCGUACCCCAAUUACUACCUAGCCGAGAACUACAACUCGCCGCAAAGUCCAUACUGGUGCAUGCUCGCCUUUGCUUGUCUCGCAGUCCCAGAGUCACAUCCCUUCUGGUCUGCUAAAGAAGAGCCACAUCCUUUUGCCAACACCCGCGUUGUGCGUUCGCUCCCUCAUCCACGUCAAAUCGUUUGCCGGUCCGGCGGCCACACCUUCCUCCUCUCGAGCGGUCAGUCUUGCCACUACGCUAUCAAGAACAGCAACGCCAAGUACGGUAAGUUCGCCUACAGCGCCGCCUUUGCAUACUCUGUUUCCACUGGUUACCAGGAACUCGAACAAUUCGUGCCAGAGUCGCAACUCGCCUUCUCUGACGACGGGGGCGAGCUGUGGAAAAUGCGGAGGGCACUUAACGGUGAUUCGCAGAUUGAGGAUCGCGAUGGAGUGCCUGUAUUGGUGUCGAGCAUGAAGCCAUGGAGUGAUGUGGAGAUAACAUCGUAUCUGAUCCCGCCAGCCGAGGAUACACCAAACUGGCAUCUGCGCGUCCAUCGUGUGAUUUCGGGUCGAGACGUCAAGAGCGCAGAAGGCGCAUGGGCUGUGUACGGCGCACGCGAGUCUGACGGUCGCCUCCUCACUGAAUGGAACGGUACACUGCGUAAAUUAGACACCUCAGUCCCCGAAGGCGCCUCCUCAGACCAUGCAUCCGCCUUCGCAGCCUCGCCCCGUACAGGCGCAGUCGGCAUCACGGAUAUCUACCAGAGCCAACGACAGGGUAGUGUAAUCCUGGCUGAUGCGAACAGCAAUCUUGUCGAGAGUAGGACAGUGUUGCCCAUUGUGCAAAAGGAUAUUAAGAAAGGGGAAACUGCGUGGUUGGUUACGGCGGUAUUUGCUAUGCCUGCCAGUAAAGAAGGGUGGAGGGAGGGGUGGAAAGAAGGCUGGGAGAAGAGACCGACUGUGCCUGGGUGGGUAAAGAGCAUGCUUGAGGCAUAG